AUGAGUUCGACAAGCAACCAGCUUCAACGACUUCGAAGAUAUAUUAUUGAGAACAACAUUAAUCGUUAUGGUUAUACUCAUUUUAGGAACGUUGAAUUAAUCAAAAAUGGAAGACUUAAAAUUGUGUAUCGUGCUACUUUUAAAAAUAAAGUCGUUAUAUUAAAGGCAUUCAAAAAUAAUGAUUUAAUUAUUAAUGAAGUUAUUAAUGAACUUAAGUUAUAUCAUAGAGUGGAUAUACACCAAAAUAUUAUACGUUUUUAUGGUGUUACUAAAAAAGAAGAUUCAAGUACUAUACCUUAUAUGUUAAUUUUUGAGUUCGCUGAAGGUGGAACUUUGAAAUCAUAUUUAUAUGAAAAUUCAAAACUCCUUUCAUGGAAUGAUAAGAUUAAAUUUUCAUUGCAAAUUGCAAAUGCUGUUAGAUAUUUACAUACUAAAAGGAUAGCUAAUGUUGAGUUGCAUUCGGAUAAUAUAUUUAUGCAUCAUAGAAAUAUAAAGCUUUCAGACUAUGGGCUUUCAAAUAGAUUAAAGGAACAAACCGUUAAAUAUCAAAAUCUCAGAUUUCAUAAACAAUCUGAUGUAUACUCUGUUGGCCUUCUUAUGCAAGAAAUACAUAACAACAAUCGAAUUGCUGAAAAUAUUGUUAAUCCUACUACACUUGGUCGAGAAAAAUAUAUUGGAAUUUAUAUUGGUUGUUUACAAAACGAACCUAACAGUCGCCCAGAAAUUCAAACUAUUAUUUCUAAUUUAAAAGCGUUGAUUAUUAAUUAUAAUCAAAAUAUAAAUA